AGAGGGCGGACGGAGGGGGAAGAUAAGGCAGCGGCUAUGGCUCCCCCCACGGCCACUCGCGGAGGGCGGCACAGCGAGCGCCGGGACCGCGGCUCCGCCAGGAGGGUGAAGUGAGGGCGCCGAGAGGCUCCAGACAAAUGAGUAGAGAGCUGGGGACAGAAGAGGGACAGAUUCCAGUUUUCCAGUUGAUCAUCUUGUACAGAAAAGAACCCUUGAGAUCAACGCUGGGAGGAAGAAGAAAAGUAGUGAAGGAUUUGAAGUGUGAUGCAGGACAGGUCUGAGCCAAGGAGCUGAGACAGUGCUGGUGAGAGAAAGAACUGACAAGAGAAACUGUCUGUUCAAGACUGGACAGAGAAAGCACAAGAGCCACUUAACACCCACUCCCUGACACCCUUCACCAUCCAUCAGGAGGGACCCAGAGGACUGGCAGAGCAUCAGCAGCGAUGAGAGAGGCUGAGACUCCUACGAAGCUCUUCUGGCUCCUUCUCCACAAGGGUCGGGGCCUCUGCAUAUUCAUUGGAUGGUAAUGCAGGAUGUCGAGAGCAGCAGUGGAGUUUGGCUUCAUCCCCUUGUGUUUUUCUUCUGCCGGUUGAGACUCCCAAUCACCAUGACAACGCUGUGACACUUCCAGCAACGCUUGCCCACAGACCAAGGGUGGGCUGGGGGUGGGUGAGAAGGUCAAUGCUCGAGUCUAACAGGAUCAAAAGUUGUGCCUGCAGCAAAACGACUGUAGAAAAGCCGUCGGCACGACAAGAAGAUGAAAUUCCCCUUCUAUUGGCUUCUCCUUAAGCAGCCACAAUAACUUUUUUUUGUUUUUUUUUUUCCUCCCGGAGACUCGCUCUGAAAACCCCUUUGGUUAUGGCUGCUGAUCCAACGUGAUUGGUCACGCAGCGACUCCCGAACUCAUGACUGGAUAUACGAUGUUGCGGAAUGGGGGAGUGGGGAACGGAGGCCAGCCGUGGAUGUUGAGAUGGUCCAGUCGGAUCCGGCUCACCUGGCUUAGUUUCACCCUCUUCAUCAUCCUCGUCUUCUUCCCCCUCAUCGCCCACUACUACCUGACCACCAUCGACGACGCCGACGACGCUGGCAAGCGCAUUUUCGGCCCUCGGACCGGCAACGAGCUCUGUGAGGUGAAGCAUGUGCAAGACCUGUGCCGCAUCCGCGAGUCGGUCAGCGAGGAGCUGCUCCAGCUGGAGGCCAAGAGGCAGGAGCUCAACAGCGAGAUCGCCAAGCUCAACCUGAAGAUCGAGGCCUGCAAAAAGAACAUCGAGAACGCCAAGCAGGACCUGCUGCAGCUGAAGAAUGUCAUCAGCCAGACCGAGCAUUCCUACAAAGAGCUGAUGGCUCAGAACCAGCCCAAGCUCUCCUUGCCCAUCCGCCUGCUGCCAGACAAGGACGAUGUGACCUUCCCCUUGCCAAAAUCCAACCGGAACUGCAGGCUCCACAACUGCUUCGACUACUCGCGCUGCCCGUUGACAUCGGGCUUUCCAGUCUACGUCUACAACAGUGAUGAUUACCCUUUUGGUAGCUCCUUAGACCCUUUAAUUAAACAAGCCUUUGAGGCGACUGUCAGAACUAAUGUUUAUGUUACUGAAAAUGCAAACAUUGCAUGUGUGUAUAUAAUUUUAGUGGGGGAAAUGCAAGAGCCCGUAAUGCCAAAACCUACUGAACUAGAGCAACAGUUGCACUCUUUGCCAUAUUGGAGGACUGAUGGACAUAACCAUCUCAUCAUCAAUUUAUCGAGGAAAUCAGAAACUCAGAACUUCAUUUACAACAUCAGCACGGGGCGAGCCAUGGUCGCCCAGUCCACCUUUUACGACGUGCAGUUUCGACCGGGGUUUGAUAUCGUGAUUUCGCCUCUGGUCCACGCUAUGUCUGAACCCAACUUCUUAGAAAUCCCACCCCAGGUGCCAGUCAAACGUAAAUACCUGUUUAGUUUCCAGGGGGAGAAGAUUGAGUCUCUCAGAUCCAGCUUGCAGGAGGUUCGCUCUUUCGAAGAGGAGAUAGAAGGCAACGCCCCGGCUGACUACGACGAUCGGAUCAUCACCACCCUGAAGGCUGUUCAGGACAGCAAGCUGGACUUUGUUUUGGUGGAGUUCACGUGUAAGAACCAGCCCAAGGCGAGUCUGCCCACUGAGUGGGCUCUGUGUGGAGAAAGGGAUGACAGGUUAGAGCUACUGAAGCUAUCUACUUUUGCACUGAUAAUCACCCCAGGGGACACCCAUUUAGUGAUCUCCGCCGGGUGUGCCAUGAGACUGUUUGAGGCUCUGGAAGUUGGAGCCAUCCCAGUGGUUCUCGGAGAACAAGUCCAGCUACCCUAUAACGAUGUGAUCCGGUGGAACGAGGCAGCCUUAAUCAUACCAAAGCCACGUAUCACAGAAGUGCACUUUCUUCUGAGAAGCAUUUCUGACAACGAUCUCCUUGCCAUGAGGAGGCAGGGCCGCUUCCUCUGGGAGACCUACUUCUCCACCUCCGACAACGUGUUCAGCACAGUCUUAGCUGUCAUAAGGACUCGAAUCCAAAUCCCGGCUGCUCCUAUCCGAGAAGAAACUGUUGUGGAGAUUCCCCACCGCUCUGGCAAAGCUGCUGGGACAGACCCCAAUAUGGCAGACAACGGUGACCUGGAUUUGGGGCCUGUGGAAACAGAACCACCCUACGCAUCUCCCAAAUAUCUCCGCAAUUUCACCCUCACCGCGAUGGAUGUCUACAGGAAUUGGAAUUCUGCUCCAGGGCCUUUCCACCUCUUUCCCUACACUCCCUUUGACCCUGUUUUACCAUCAGAAGCAAAAUUUUUAGGGUCUGGGACUGGAUUUCGACCGAUUGGUGGAGGAGCAGGUGGCUCUGGGAAGGAGUUCCAGGCCGCUUUGGGUGGCAACGUCCCCCGGGAGCAGUUCACUGUAGUGAUGUUGACUUACGAGCGGGAAGAAGUGUUGAUGAACUCCUUAGAAAGGCUCAAUGGUCUCCCAUACUUAAAUAAAGUUGUGGUAGUGUGGAACUCUCCCAAGCUUCCAUCUGAGGAUCUCUUGUGGCCAGACAUUGGCGUCCCCAUUAUGGUUGUUCGUACAGAGAAAAACAGCCUGAACAACAGGUUCCUGCCAUGGGAUGAGAUUGAGACAGAAGCCAUCCUGUCCAUCGAUGACGACGCUCACCUGCGCCAUGAUGAGAUCAUGUUUGGGUUCCGUGUCUGGAGAGAAGCCAGGGACCGCAUCGUUGGCUUCCCGGGGCGCUACCACGCCUGGGACAUCCCCCAUCAGUCCUGGCUCUACAACUCCAACUACUCCUGUGAGCUCUCCAUGGUUCUCACUGGUGCUGCCUUCUUCCACAAGUACUAUGCCUACCUGUACUCCUACGUGAUGCCACAAGCCAUCAGGGACAUGGUGGAUGAGUACAUCAACUGUGAGGACAUUGCCAUGAACUUCCUGGUCUCCCACCUGACAAGAAAACCUCCCAUCAAGGUGACCUCCCGCUGGACUUUCCGCUGCCCUGGGUGUCCCCAGGCCCUGUCACACGAUGAUUCCCACUUCCACGAGAGACACAAGUGCAUCAACUUCUUUGUCAAGGUGUACGGGUACAUGCCCCUCCUCUACACCCAGUUCCGCGUGGACUCGGUGCUCUUCAAGACCCGGCUGCCCCACGACAAGACCAAAUGCUUCAAGUUCAUCUAGAAGGGGGGGGCAGCGGGUGCCCUGGGCUCCCCAGGAGGUGGCCAGAGGUGGGUGAGGGCUUUGGGGGUGGCUUUUUGGAAGGACCCCGUUGCCGUUGACUCCGCUCUCCUCCCGCCGAGACCGAGAGGGACGCCCAGGAUGGGACGGGCACCUUUCCCUCUUCCCUUCCCUCCUGCUCUCGACCAGGGACAGGGAAGAGGAUCCCGUGGCUCCUGUAAAGACACUCCCCAGGAUCAUACACUGAGGAAUGGCAAGUUGGCUACUGGCUCUGCCCCUUCACUAGCCAAGGGCCACCCUUCUUUUUAAUUAUAAUUAUUGUUAUUUAAAAUGAAAGUGUUUUAGAUUUGCCUCCUGAGGCUUUUUUUGGGUUUUCAUCCCCCCUUUUUUUUUUUCCCCACCCACCCUCUCCCCUUUUCCUCUCUGGACCUGGCUGCCCACCCGGGGGGCCCCUUGCAAGGCCAGGUUGGAGCUAUUGGACUGCAGAGAGGUUCGUCCCAGCUCUAUUGUCCCCAUCCCAUGGGGCAGCCCCUUCUCCUCCCCUGCCACCCAUCACGUCCCGGAUUGUCUUGCCCUGUGGCUACUACUGAGGACCUCCAGGUGUCACCUGCUGAGGAGCUCCUUGCUCUGCUCUAAUCACCACCCCAAGCCCUGCCCUCAGAGAGGGGUGAGUGGGGAAGAGGUUGGACCUGGAAGGUCCUUCCUCAGCUCCCAGCACAGCACCGGGUCCGUGUCACAGCCAUGGGGGGAGUUUGGCUGCUGUGGGAUUGUUCUUGAUGUCCUUUUCCACCCCACCUGGCACACGAGAGGUGCUGCUGAACCUGCAGGGACAGGGAGCAUGUUUGGGGUUUGGGAAUGGUCCCUCUGCAGGGGCUGGUGACAGCAGUGUUUGAUGACCACUGCAGCACUGGAGGUGGCUGUGGAGUCUCUGAGUCUGGUCUGGCCUUUUCACAGGCUCUUUGGGACUUUUCUUCCUACAGAGCUGCUCCAGUAGCACCCCAAGAUCAGCUGCACUACACCUACCAGCCUUUGCUGGUCCCAUAAAGCUCCUGCCCCAAAGCAGCAGAAUGUGGAGGCAGCCUGGGAGCUGCUCCUCCCUGUCCCUGCCAGGAGAGCAUGUGGGGGUUCAGCUUCCAGUGCCAGUGUCCCGGGUGUUGGGACCUUCUCUUGGGAUCACAUUUUUGGAGUGGAGCAAGGAGAGGGACCUGCCUCCUUCCUCCCUGCCCAGCUGGGCAGAGCUGGAGCCCGCGGCUGCACCCUGGGCUCUGUCAUCCCUCCUCCUGCAUCCCAAGUGACUCGUGCCCAUGUUGGGUUUGCCUUAACACCCCAUCCCAUCUUGCAACUGGUGCCCUGGGCUGCAUGGGAGGGAAGUUUAAUCCCACCAAGAGCUUUCCUGGUGUUCAGCUGGGAAGUGCUGCUGGACUGUCUCCAUGGGCUUCAUUUUUUGGAGCCCCACCACAGGGAGAUGCCCUCAUGUCCUGUGCUCACCUGAGCUCCUGCAUUCACCUGGCAGCUCCCUAAAGUUUUCCAUCCCAGAGGGAAGGACUCAGGUUCCCUCUCUUGUUGGAGAGAAAAUGUCAGAGCAAGAGAGAGAACAGGGUCUGGUGUGGAGGGGGCAGUCGAGACGAGGGAGAAAUUCCAUGUAAUUUUCCAGGGAUGUGUCUGGGGAUCAGGGAAAUUGCACAGGGGGGUGGUUGGAUGAGUUUUGUGAGAGGGAGAUGCUGUAAACAAGUUGUGUCUGAGGCAGAAAUCCUGGGUAGAAACAAUUCAGAUCAGAGAAGAGCUGGAGAAUUUCUGCUGGGGCUGUAGGAGAGACUGACCAUGGCUGAUGUUUCCCUCUCUGCAGGGACUUGGAGCUGCAGCUCCCUAAGGCUUCCAUCCCAGAGGGAAGGACUCAGGUUGCCCUCUCCUGUGGGCAGAGGAAAGGCAGCAACAUGCAGGAAGUCCUGGGGGAUUUCCAGCCCAGGAUGGAGGGGCUGGAAAAGCAUCCCAGAUGUUUAAGGGCAGCCUGGAAAAGCUCUUGCUGUUAGACAGGAAGGUGAAGCUUUGGUGAUUGGCCUCAGUGUCCCCCACAUUCCUGGCUUCCACUGCUCAGCAUCCCAGCACCCUGCAGCAGAAGGAUGUGACCACCCUGUGGUAUCUCUGGUGAGGAGCAGGUCUGGGCCAACAGCAGCUCCUGGGCUCACUCCUAGGGUCAGCCCUCUCCAUGUUCCUGUGCCACAUUUUGGGGUGCAAAGUGGCCUCUCCAGCCGUGUUUCAGCCAUUUUCCACUCCAGCCUCAUGGGCUGGUGGCCACCAACACUUGGUUGGUGGUUGGUCACCAACCCCUGCUCCUUGUGAAGGGGCAGCAGAGGUGGCUGCCUGCCCUCACCAGCACUGCAGGGAUGAUGCAGGCUUUUCCUCCCACUGUUUCCUUUCCACUUUUUGUUUUAUGGGCAGAGGGCUCACGGUCUCCUUAAAAAUGCAGCUGGAGACUUUUCCUGUGAGGCCUCCAGACCCACCUGGAAGGGGUUUCUCUGCCCCUGCUCAGAGGGGAAGUGGCAGCAGCUGCAGCAUCCCUGAGGGGCUCCAGUUCUCCCCUCCUUAAUGAGUGGUUCGUUUGCAACACUGCUCCUGAUCAGCACAGUCCCUGGUGUCACAGGAGGAGGAAGAGGAGGAGGAGGACGCAGCUCUGCCCUUCCCACCCCUCUGCCUGUCUGGCAGGAGUGGGGCAGGACUGAGGAUUGCACUUUAUAUAAAUAGAGAUGGGCUUCUCAGCAACUUCUUUUUGAAAAAUUAAGGGAAAUUUUAUUAUUCUGGUGAGAGACUGUCAGGGAGGGAGCUUGGAAAAUGGGCCCAUCCAUGAAGGAUUUGUGGCACCAUUUGUGUCAGGAAGGGGUUGGGGUUUUGGAGCCUCCUUGCUUGGCUGCAGUCAGAACUGGUGCUGAGCCCAAGGUCUGGGGGGUUUUCCUCUUUCCCCUGAUGUGUUUCAGGUCAAGGCCAGUAGGGAUGUGAUGGGAAUCCAAACUCUUCUUCCUGCCAGGCUCCUGCCAUGCUCACCUCCUGCCCAGAGUGCUGGGGUUUAUUGGAGGAUCCCUGGUGUGUGGUGGGAUCUCUGUGUGUGUUGUGAGUUUGUUCCCUCCUUUCCCAGACCCCCCAGAGGGGGAGGAUUUGGAGGUGAGGGGGUAAAUGGGUGCUGUGGAUCACUGGUGGCAGCAGCAUUGGGUGCUUUUCCCCAGAUCUUCCUAAACAGUCACCAAACCCCCUUUAGGGGUCCAGACCCAUGAUUCCCACGCCCCCUUUCUAUUCCUGAGACAUCCCAGGAUCUGAGCUGUCUUCAGGCCUCCCUCCACCAUCAGGGACAAGGGGGACAUUUCUGGAGCCCCAUCCAUCUCUCUGCCACCCUUCCUGUCACCCUCCUUCCCAUCACAUUCCCACAGUUUUUAGGGGGGGGUCCCUGGGUAACCCCACAGCUCAGGUUAGGGUGUAUGAUCCAUCCCAGCUCCAGCACAGAGCAGCCUGGGGUACAUGGUCACCACCACCCCCCAAGGAGGUCUCUCCAGGGGGUUUCCCAAGGGAAAGGCGUCUUCUCCUUCCCAAGGAUUCUGCUGCUCCAGGCAGGAGCCCCGGGGGUUGCAGGAGGUGGGUGCUGGCUGCAGGGUGAGGGGUUUGCUGUAAAUAGAAUCCUCUGGGGUGACACAGACACCCCCGGGGUCACAGCCCCUGCCCUCCCCUGCACAGAGGUUCUGCUGACAGUUCCCUGAGCACCAGGUUUAAAAACAAAAUGAAAAAAAAA